GCCCCACAUCCAAUUCUGCCCAGACUUGUAGGUCCACCUUGGAAAAGUCAGGAGACACCUGGGAAAUGAAGGCAAUGACCUCUUCCAGCCUUGUUGUCCCAUGGCCACCCAGAGGCCCUGGGGCAGCCACUCAACAUCCCAAUAAACCUCACUGUGUACCAGCAUUAUGCCAGGGUCCAGGUAUUUAGCCAGGAGCAGCCUCUGCCCUCCCUGAGUUGACAUUUCAUGGGGAUGUGCACCAAAGCAAGGCCUGUUGGAGAUGUUUAGAAACAGUCAUCUCUCUUGACAUCACUGCUUCCCAAAUAAAUCUUCUAGGAAGAUCUUCCUCACCUCCAACUCUCCUGAUACAGCUGUCAGAAUCCCAGCAAAUUAUUCAUGACUCCACACAUCAACUUUCUGGUCUGGAAGAUGGGGAUAAUAAGAGAACCCAUGCCCCAGGAUGGCUAUAGAGACUACAUGAGCAUGUAGGUGCAGAGCCCAGUAGCACAAGGUACAGCCAUUCAAAUCAACUGGCAUUUAUCAAGGGCUGCUCUGUCAGUUCCCUCUCUAUAGUAUACUCCAACACAUACACACAUACACACAUGCACUGUUAUAAUCAAUAA